UCACGUGACAGGGGUAUUUUAUUUUUUUAAAGACUUGCUAAAAUAGUGAGCUUGCUGUUGUUUUGACUGGGGAAUAAACCUGCAGAAAACAGACCGCAACGUAAGGAAAAUGCAUAACGAAUAGAUGGCAAAAAUACAUUGCUAGCACAGACUCAUUGGGGGCAGGUUCUGGGCAGACUGCUAUGGGAAGAUAAAACAACAAACAGUCUUUCAGACGCCCCCCCCGUUCUAAUAACAAAGCCACUUUUACAGCCUCAACAACCGGGAGUCACACCAUUGCAUUUGAUGUAAGAACCAGUUUGUUCUGCAUGACUGGGUGACGCCAGGCGCCCUCUCAUUACACACUAGCCUAAUACUAGGUUGGUUCCAACCGGCUACGCACUUCUCCAGGACUGCUGAACAACCACCGUGCUGCUUUGUUUUUUUUUAUUCUACACGUGUCGUCAGUAUGGCUCAAUUUAAGUUAUCACUUUGCGUGUUGGUGUCUAUUUCUUUCGCCUCGGUUUUGACCACAGACAGCUCCAUUCAGUUUGCGUCCGAAAGUCUCAGUUCCUCUUCGUUUCGCUCUGUGUGUAAGCCCAUCCCCAGCACACUUUCUCUGUGCCACGGCGUCGGUUACGGGGAUAUGCGGCUGCCCAACCUGCUGGGGCACGACUCAUUGAAAGAAGCCCAGCAACAGUCGGCCGCCUGGCUGCCGUUGGUCUCCAAACUCUGCCAUCGGGAUACCAAGAAGUUCUUGUGCUCGCUAUUCGCCCCGGUGUGCCUACCGGAGGGGCCCGUGCGCCCCUGCCGUGGGCUGUGCGAGGCUGUGAGGGACAGUUGUCUCCCUGUGAUGAGCGCGUUCGGGUUCCCGUGGCCCGACAUGUUCAACUGCACACAGUUCCCACGCGGGGUCCAUCUCUGUAUUCCCACCACGACCCAAGACACACAGCGUGCGCGGAAGGGAGAGGAAGCGGGUCACGAGGAGGCAUCAGAGGGAACAGUGAUCUGUGACUCAUGCAGUCUGGCUGCUGAGGGGGAGACAGACAUCCAGAACAACUUCUGUAAGAGUCCAUAUGCCUUUAAACUGCUUAUCGGGAGUGUGUCUGUGGAGGGGGGUGACUGCAGGUUAGUCCCUCUGGGCCGGAGUCGCAUCCUGAGGUGGGAGGGUGGAGGCACGGAGAGGGCUGAGGGCGUCCGGGGGGCAAUGGCCUACAGUGCCCUUUGGCUGCAGGAAGGGGGUACCUGCACCUGUCCUGCCCUGGAGGAGGCAAAUGGGGGAGGGGGGAAGGGGUCCGUGGCAGGGGUGUGGUACCUGGGCCUUGCUGACAUACAGGAGGGCAGGUUGAUCCUCUCUAGGCUUGUGAGAUGGAGGAAGGGGGACAAAGAACUAAAGAAGUUCAUCAGGAGACUGCUCAAACAACCCUGCUGAUGAUGUCAUCAAACAAGCAUAAAGAGACUUUCCAAUUUGGCCAAUUGGAUGCGUAUGAGAGGACACCACAGCCCUGUUACAUGUCAGCCUCUUGGCCUAGACCCUAUCCCUUCCAUAUCCCUUCAAUAUCCCUUUCAUAUCCCGUUCAUAUCCCUUCAAUAUCCCUUUCAUAUCCCUUCAAUAUCCCUUUCAUAUCCCUUCAAUAUCCCUUUCAUAUCCCUUUCAUAUCCCUUCAAUAUCCCUUUCAUAUCCCUUCCAUAUCCCUUUCAUAUCCCUUUCAUAUCCCUUUCAUAUCCCUUCAAUAUCCCUUUCAUAUCCCUUCAAUAUCCCUUCAAUAUCCCUUUCAUAUCCCUUUCAUAUCCCUUCAAUAUCCCUUUCAUAUCCCUUCAAUAUCCCUUUCAUAUCCCUUCAAUAUCCCUUUCAUAUCCCUUCAAUAUCCCUUUCAUAUCCCUUUCAUAUCCCUUUCAUAUCCCUUCAAUAUCCCUUUCAUAUCCCUUUCAUAUCCCUUUCAUAUCCCUUCAAUAUCCCUUUCAUAUCCCUUUCAUAUCCCUUCAAUAUCCCUUUCAUAUCCCUUUCAUAUCCCUUUCAUAUCCCUUCAAUAUCCCUUUCAUAUCCCUUCCAUAUCCCUUCAAUAUCCCUUUCAUAUCCCUUCAAUAUCCCUUCAAUAUCCCUUCAAUAUCCCUUUCAUAUCCCUUCAAUAUCCCUUUCAUAUCCCUUCAAUAUCCCUUUCAUAUCCCUUUCAUAUCCCUUCAAUAUCCCUUUCAUAUCCCUUUCAUAUCCCUUCAAUAUCCCUUCAAUAUCCCUUUCAUAUCCCUUCAAUAUCCCUUUCAUAUCCCUUUCAUAUCCCUUCAAUAUCCCUUUCAUAUCCCUUUCAUAUCCCUUCAAUAUCCCUUUCAUAUCCCUUCAAUAUCCCUUCAAUAUCCCUUUCAUAUCCCUUCAAUAUCCCUUUCAUAUCCCUUUCAUAUCCCUUCAAUAUCCCUUUCAUAUCCCUUCAAUAUCCCUUUCAUAUCCCUUUCAUAUCCCUUUCAUAUCCCUUCAAUAUCCCUUUCAUAUCCCUUCAAUAUCCCUUUCAUAUCCCUUCAAUAUCCCUUUCAUAUCCCUUCAAUAUCCCUUUCAUAUCCCUUCAAUAUCCCUUUCAUAUCCCUUUCAUAUCCCUUCAAUAUCCCUUUCAUAUCCCUUCAAUAUCCCUUUCAUAUCCCUUUAAUAUCCCUUUCAUAUCCCUUCAAUAUCCCUUUCAUAUCCCUUCAAUAUCCCUUUCAUAUCUCUUCAAUAUCCCUUUCAUAUUCAUAUCAUCUAGCUCUGGAGAAGUUGUGCCUUCAUCAUAGGGCUCCAGAGUGACUCAGGGGUUUAAGAUACUGCAUCUCAGUGCACGAGGUGUCACUACAUUCCCUGGUUCGAAUCCAGGCAGAAUCACAUCUGGCCGUGAUUGGGAGUCUCAUAGGGUGGCGCACAAUUGGUCCAGUGUCGUCAUUAUAAAUAAGAAUUUGUUCUUAACUGACUUUCCUAGAUAAAUAAAGGUUAAAUAAAUAAAAAUAAGAAUAAUUAAGUAUCUACCCAGUCUGUUCAGAUCUACGAAGACCUGCUAGGCAGAAGAGAGACUAUCAGAGGACCAGUGUGUUUGUUUGGAUCUAUGUUCUGGGCACCUGUCACAUAUUCAUUAUUAAGUGUAUUCAAUUCUGAAUAUUAUUAUUAUUUUUUAAAUCAAAUGUGAGAACAUGAUUGUGAUUUGUGUGAGCCGAGUGAGGACACAGUUACCAGUGAGGCACAGAGCAGCAUUAGUUCCAUUCAAAGCAGAGUAUUAUUGGCUGAUAGUAACAUCAGAGACUGCUGUGUAACAGUGUGUAAUAAACAUUAUUUUGAGCUGUAAA